CAUUGCUUAUAGACCGGAAGCCGCUGCCUUAGUUCUCUUUCCCAUCUUGCAAGAUGGCGGGUGAAAAGGCGCCUGAUAAAAAGGAGAAGAAACCUGCAGCCAAGAAGGCUGGCGGUGACGCUGCUGCCUCCCGUCCCCGGGCCGCAGUAGCCAAAAAGGGUCGCCCUAAGGUUAAAAAGCCCAAGAAGCCCAAGCGCCAUUGCAGCCGAAACCCUGUCCUGGUGAGAGGAAUUGGCAGGUACUCCAGGUCUGCUAUGUACUCCAGGAAGGCCUUGUACAAAAGGAAAUACUCCGCUGCCAAGACCAAGGUUGAGAAGAAGAAAAAGGAGAAGGUCCUUGCUACUGUCACCAAAACUGUUGGUGGAGACAAGAACGGUGGCACCCGGGUGGUGAAGCUUCGGAAAAUGCCUAGGUAUUAUCCCACCGAAGAUGUGCCUCGGAAGCUGCUGAGCCAUGGCAAGAAGCCCUUCAGCCAGCACGUGAGAAGGCUGCGCUCCAGCAUCACUCCUGGGACUGUCCUGAUCAUCCUCACAGGGCGCCACCGGGGCAAGAGGGUGGUCUUUUUGAAGCAGCUGGCCAGCGGUUUGCUACUUGUGACUGGACCUCUAGUCAUCAACAGAGUUCCUCUGCGCAGAACACACCAGAAGUUUGUCAUUGCCACCUCUACAAAAGUUGAUAUCAGCGGUGUUAAAAUUACAGAGCGGCGAAAGGCUGAUCAGAAAGCUGUGGACUCGCAGAUUUUGCCAAAGAUUAAAGCUGUUCCUCAGCUCCAGGGCUACCUGCGAUCUCAGUUUUCCCUGACAAACGGGAUGUAUCCUCACAAGCUGGUCUUCUAA